UGUGCGAGCACGCACCGGCGGGGGUUGAUGGGUCGUUGGCUUUAAAAAUGGCGAUCAAUCGAACGUCAACAGAAGUGUUUGUUUACUUUUUCUAGAUCAAAGAUGUGCAGUCUGACACUAAUUGCUUAGUUAGUAGAAAGAUUUAAAAAACUUCCACGAUGUUGAAUCUAGGCGUCGAUCACAAACAGCACUUGGUAUUCCUUACUGAACAGUCCACGCAAGUGCUUCAAGAUUUUUGCAAACUGGCAUUGGAUUAUUUGCAAAAAGGGCCAAACUUGAAACUUUACAGCGCUGCCGCUCAAAAACUUCAAGUUGAACCACAAGUAAUAAGAAAUUCAGUCGAAGGUCUUGUUCAGUUGUUAUUGGAAUGUUGUAAAUCAAAGCUUGAAAAGGAUAGUUUCCAAGAAGCUAUUCUUGGCCUAGGAUUCUCAGAGGAGCAAGAAAACUUGUUAAGCAAAUUAUACACAGUAAAAAAGCAAGAAUUGACAGAGGCUCUAUCGAAAUUUGGCCUAAAAUUACCUCAAUAUCAUGACAUGGACUGGAGAUUCGAAGUACAGGUUGCAUCCAGAUCGUUGCUUCGACAAGUGGUACCACUGGUGACUCUGGACUUCUCUUUAAAAAACACCUCCAACUCUGACCAAGUUGAGCAUGUACUGCUGCAAACAGAUCCAAACAAUCUGCUGCAUCUUGCCCAAGAACUUGAAAUGGCUGUGCGCGAAGGCAGAAGUAGACACAUAAGAAGCAUUGCAAGAAUCGUUGACUAAGACUUGUGCGUUUUUCGCUCUAAUGCGAUAUACUAUUUAAUACAAAUAUUCUAUAUUAUUAAUAUUGAAAUAAAUUUAUUUACGAAAAGAA